GUCUGUCCAACUCCAGGUCCUAGUCUUGCUCAUGGAGGCCUGGUCUUCUAUCACCUGCUGUGCUGACGAGAGCCCAGAGAAGGUCACUGACUUGAAGUGACUGAGGUGAAAAACCCAGUGCGCAAAUUCACGUUGGUCCCAUUUGGAUUAGGAGACUAAGGAAGAAGUGAACCAAAAGGAUGUUCAGUUCUUCUCCACAAUGAAUGAGUGUUACUAUGAUAAGCGCAUGGACUUUUUUUAUAAUAGGAGCAACACUGACACAGCCGAUGAGUGGACAGGAACGACGCUUGUCAUUGUUUUGUGUGUCGGAACAUUUUUCUGCCUGUUUAUCUUUUUUUCUAACUCUCUGGUCAUCGCAGCAGUGAUCAAAAACAGAAAGUUCCACUUCCCCUUCUACUACCUGCUGGCUAACCUCGCGGCUGCAGAUUUCUUCGCUGGCAUCGCCUACGUAUACCUGAUGUUUAAUACCGGCCCAGUUUCAAAAACUCUGACUGUCAACCGCUGGUUUCUCCGCCAGGGGCUUCUGGACACUAGCUUAACCGCCUCCCUGACCAAUUUGUUUGUCAUUGCCGUGGAGAGGCACAUGUCCAUCAUGCGGAUGCGGGUCCACAGCAACCUGACCAAGAAGAGGGUGACGCUGCUCAUCUUAUCCAUCUGGGCCAUCGCCAUCUUUAUGGGGGCUGUCCCCACGCUGGGCUGGAAUUGCCUCUGUGACAUCUCUGCCUGCUCUUCCCUGGCCCCCAUCUACAGCAGGAGUUACCUCAUUUUCUGGACAGUGUCCAACCUCAUGGCCUUUUUCAUCAUGGUGGUGGUGUACCUGCGGAUCUACAUGUACGUGAAGAGGAAGACCAACGUCUUGUCUCCACACACAAGUGGGUCCAUCAGCCGCCGGAGGACACCCAUGAAGCUAAUGAAGACGGUGAUGACGGUCUUGGGGGCCUUCGUCGUGUGCUGGACCCCGGGCCUGGUGGUUCUGCUGCUGGACGGCCUGAACUGCACGCAGUGCAACGUGCAGCACGUGAAACGGUGGUUCCUGCUGCUGGCGCUGCUCAACUCGGUCAUGAACCCCAUCAUCUACUCCUACAAGGACGAGGACAUGUACAGCACCAUGAAGAGGAUGAUCUGCUGCUUCUCUCAGGAGAAGCACCCGGAGAGGCGCCCCUCCCGCAUCCCCUCCAUGGUCCUCAGCCGGAGCGACACGGGCAGCCAGUACACGGAGGAGAACGCCAACCCGGGCACGGUCUGCAGCAAGAACGGCCCCUGAGCCGCGCCUGCUCCUCCGCCGGCCCCGCCCCGGUGGGAGGGGCACGUCAGGAAUGGUUACUGUCCCCGGCAAAGCCCACGUACAGUGUUAUUUGAGGCCUGAAUGAAUUAUUGGAAAAAAAAUUUUUAAUUGUUUUACGUAGUUUAAAAAGCACGGGCAGGAAAGAGAGGGCAGAAUGCAUUUAGAGAAAAUGCACAGGAAGCGGGAAGGCAGACUGGAUUCCCGCUGGGUGUCCUGGAACCCCUCGGAGCACCGCCGACCAGGCCGGGCCUUCUGGGCUCUGCCACCAUCUCGUAGCCAUUCUCUUUGUGUUCUCAAAGAAUGUUGUCAAAGGGCUUAGGCCAAAAUAAAUUAAAAUGUUACUUGAGCCACUUUAUGUAGCUGUUUGGAAAGCCUAUGUAGUUCUUUCUGCAUGCAUUCGAAAUGUUUUUUUUAAAAAAUGCUUCCGCGGUGAUGUUUUUCUCCUCAAACAAACCUUGGCCAGUAGCUCGGUGUACGGUAGGAAUCUCAGAACAACAAAUCAGCAAGGGCUCCAGAGUAAACUUGAUUUUUAACUGAAAAAUAUUCUGAGGAAAAAGAUUUCCUUUAAAAGUAAUAACAAAAAGAUAAGCGUAAAAAGCUCCUUUUGAAGCCAAACAAACAAACUUCGAUGUGGUCUUCUCAGCGUGCAUAGGUGAAUAAAUACACCUGCAUAUUUAAACAUUUCAAAUGUGUAUUUGAAGACAUCACGGACAGUGAUGGUGAAAUACAUUCACCGGCCACCUAGACUUUGCAAUCUAGGACUACAGCUGCAGAAAUGUUGUGCUCCAGAACAGCAAGACGUGAUUGAUUUGGAAACAAGCACACAGCGGGGUAAAAGGUGUUAUUGACAUGCAGGCUGAAGUUCUUGCAUAUAUGAUCAAACAUGAGCCCAACUGGUCUUUCUGUUCAGUUCCCUCCAUCCCACUGGUGGCUUGUCAGAUUUAGUAUAUAGAAUAAUUUUCACAUUUCAUAUUUUGCCCAAAGUUAUUGGCAUGCUUCCAGUACUUAUUUUGUGAACUGAAUUUUGAUCUGGAUUCUAUUUAAAUUUUUUCCCCUACAAAGGCGACAUGAAAGGCAAGUCAGUAAGAAAAAAAACUGUAUACACAGAGGCUACUAACCAGAGUUUUCUAUGUAAAGCAUUUAGAGUGUAUUCUGAUUUUAAAAUAAGAAUAUCUUCAAAGCAGAUAUUAUAGUAUUUAUGUAGUUUGCAAAAGAAGUUUACAUUUUUUGCUAUUGUGAUGUAACAUUUAUGUGCAAGAACUACUUGUAAUAAAAGGAUUUGAGAAGUCAUGCUUUUAGCUAAAAUGGCCUAAAAUAGAGAAUAUUGUGAUUUGAAGGUAUAGAUUUCACAAACUGUGUAGUUAAGUGGGUCUAUCUAAAGCUUAUGUCAAAGCUAUCUAUAAAAUAAAAUAAAAAAGAGAAUCUA